AUGGCGUUAUACAGCAAACCUCGUGCGGAGAAUGACGCGCCCAGUCCCAAACAGGAAAAACAGGGAACGCGAUGCCAAGACCGGCAGAACGGUUCUGGAACUUCCCAGCCACAAGCAACAAGCCACGCCACUCUCGCGAUGCGUGACUCUUUAAAACUGCCAGUGGGGUGUUUGGAGACGGAGGGCCUGAGGGAAAUUUUUAGGUGCUAUUAUGGACAGGACAGAAUAUUUCAUUGCCAUACAGAUCUUGUGCCUACUGUUAGAGAGAUGGUCACAGCAGAGCUAAAGAAGUGGCUCAGCAGGAUGGAAUUUUACAAGACACCUCUUCCAGCUGUAGUAGAAAUUUCAUGCUACCUAUAUUGGGUGCUGGAUGUGGUGGUGCGGACAAAGAUAUGA